GCUUACACUUUGAGCCAAAAACCCUAGAGAGUUUUGGACGCUCUGUGGCACGCCGAUCAAACUCAGAAGAGAGAGAGAGAGAGAGAGAGUAAAACCCUAGCAAGGGGGGAGAUCACAUUAAAACCAAAAUCCCACUGGGAUCUCUCUCCCUUGCAAACCUAUUUUUGGUUGAAUCCAGGAUCGCCAGCACCCGGAAAUUGCUCCCCUUCAACCAUUUUACUAUUAAACCGGCUCCUACUGUCCGACAUCCUCUCUCUCUCUCUCUCUCUCUCUCUCUCGGGAGUUAAAGAGAAAAGCCGUACCCCCGGCGGAGGAAAAAAACCAAGGGUUUCUCCUCCCCCGGCCUACCGAAGUUUCUGAAAUCUCGAAGUUUGAUCGAAACCCUAGAACAGCCCUUUGAUGGAGCGCCCAUCUGAUCGGCUCGACGAGAAUACCAGACUCUACAACCCCUACCAGGAUCUCCAGAUCCCCGUGCACAACCUUUACCGGCUGCCCACGUCGCCAGAAUUUUUAUUUCAGGAGGAGGCGGCUGCGCAGCGGCGAUCGUGGGGAGAGAACCUCCAGUACUAUACCGGCUGCGGUUACCUCGGCGGGGCGGCUGGUGGCGCCGCUAAGGGGCUUUUCGAUGGACUGAGAGCUGCGGAGGAGGGGGACACCCUCAAGCUGCGUGUCAAUCGCGUACUGAACGCCUCCGGGCAGACUGGUCGGAAGUUUGGAAACCGGCUGGGCAUCGUGGGUUUGCUCUUUGCGGGAAUGGAGAGCGCGAUGAUUGCGGCCAGGGACAAGGACGAUAUCCUGAAUAGUGUCUUCGCUGGGCUUGGCACGGGAGCUCUCUUUAAGGCAGCGUCAGGCCCUCGAUCCGCCGCCGUCGCCGGCGCCAUCGGUGGUUUGGCCGCCGGAGCAGCUGUCGCUGCUAAACAAGCAGCAAAAAGAUAUGUGCCCAUCUAGAGUUUCUCACUUUCUCUUUUUUCUUUUUUGCGAUCGCUGUGGUUUUGGAGUUUUUUUCCCUGUUUUCGUGGCAAAGGGACGUGAUGACGUAUAGCGGAGUUCUGUUCCUUAGUUUAGAUGAUUAAAUGAUGUAAUUGAUUAAUCUGUCGACGUGAUUUUUGUUAGAGUGGAAGAAUUUGCUGUUGGCACAUGCUAAUAUCCUGGGAAAUUUUGUUUUCGAUCUCAAUGAUCAACUCCUAUCUUGGCUAUUCCAUAUUUGUGUUGCUUAUUUGUAAAAAAAUUGCAGACAGUUUCAUGCCUUGCCAGGAAAAGAUGAUCUUGUUUCUUUAUCA